AUGGUUUCACCACCUGUUGGAUUUUCUGAAGAGUCGAACAUGCUUAUUCAAAAUACUAAUAUUUCCCCAGUUGCUUUCCUCUUUACUGAGCUUUAUACUAUGUCUACACCUCCAGCUCCCUCCGUUAUUAACCCAGAUAUUCUGCCGCCACCGCGUCCUGAUACUUCUGCUCCUUCUGGAGACUGA